AUGUUUGUUAUGUUGAGCGGACGUCUGCGUUCAGUCGAAAAGAAGACGUUGGUCGAGGAAUUUGGAAGAGGAGAUGUGCUAGGCAUGCUUUUGCAAAAGAAGCCAAGAGCUACGACGGUGCUCGCUAUACGAUUCUCGCAGUUGGCUCGUAUUCCGGAAGGAUUGCUCAAUUUCAUUAAACUUCAGUUCCCUCAGGUUGGUUUUCGGUUAGUGCAACUUCUCGGACAGUACUACAGUAGUAUGCAUCGACGUAUGCCGUAUCUACCGUCGCUAUCACUGGAAGGAGGUGGUGAUCCGAUGAGUCACAUCAAGAAUCUGCAUACAAUCGCCGUCGUUCCCGCCUCUACAGAAGUACCUUUGGUCCCAUUCACAUGCGAGCUGUACCACGCAUUGUCUGCAAACUUAAAAGUGCUGAGACUCAGUAGUCAGAAAGUCGCUUCUCAUCUGGACAAUAGCGUUCUUGAGAAGCAGGCGGAUUUCCGAUUGAUGCACUGGCUGAACGUCCAGGAAGAUACCUAUCCGCUUGUGAUUUACGAGUGUGACUACACACCAACGAACUGGACACGAAGGUGUUUACGACAAGCUGAUUCUAUUCUUGUGGUAGCAAUGGGAAACAAAAAAGCUUCCAGUCAAACGUUGAUGCGCGAGCUGCUGAGCACAAACCAGGAUGGUGUGCGUACGAACAAGGAAUUAGUUCUACUUUGGCCUGAAAAUACCGCCACUCCAACUGGUACUCAUGUUUGGCUGAAGGAUGUAUACUAUUCAGGUCAUCAUCACAUUCGAGCUCCAAAGCGAAUGUUCCAGUGGACGUCAAAGAAGACACGCAAAUCUUCCAGGGAAAUGCUGCAUCCAAGUAACGAGCAAGAUAUUAUCGACUUCUACGAGAAGAAUGUAUUUUGGACUUUCGACUUCCGGUCAGAUUUUGCCCGAUUUGCUCGCAUUCUCACGGGAAAUGCGAUAGGACUGGCACUCGGUGGAGGCGGCGCUAGAGGAGCUGCUCACGUUGGAAUCUUGAGAGCUCUACGAGAGCGUGGAAUUCCUGUGGACAUUGUGGGUGGUACAUCCAUCGGCGCUCUAGUCGGAGGAGUCUAUGCCUCUACUCCAGACGAAAGAGUCGAAGAACGUACUAGGAAAUGGUUCGGUGGUAUGACAAGCUUAUGGCGCAAAGUCCUCGAUCUCACUUAUGCUCACUCAGCAAUGUUUACGGGUGCCCAGCUGAAUAAAUCACUGCAGGAUCUUUUUGAGGAUAAAGAAAUCGAGAAUCUGUGGAUUCCAUACUUCUGCAUAAGCACUGAUAUAACGACUUCCGAGCUGCGUGUGCAUCGCACUGGUCCACUGUGGGGGCGUACUGUAGAGCGUCGAUGUCGUUGGCCGGUUAUCUUCCUCCAAUGUGCGACCCACAAGACGGUCAUCUGCUUCUUGAUGGUGGAUAUGUCAACAAUCUUCCAGCAGAUGUGA